CAAUACGAUCGUCGGCGAAAGACGGGCAGACGACGAAACUAUGGGCAACUGUGCCAACGACAACGCACCACCUCCCUCUUAAAAACCCUACUAUAUUUCAGGAAAUCUUUGGUUUCCAGUCACUUGCGAGAUUUGUUUGGGGAAACUCCCUACCGUGAGUACAAUCGGGUUUUUGGGGUCGAUCUGAAAUGGGGAGGUUUUGUGUUCGGAUUUGAGCGAUUUGUUUUCGAUCGGAGGCAUCGAGCUGUCUGAUCCAGGAGGGUGCGUGAAAAAGGGGGGAUUUUGGAGCAAUUGGUGGAGUUUCUGUCCCGCGAUGGAUCUUAAUGGUCAUGGAUUCAGGAUUUUGAGCUUCAAACAUCUCAAUUAAGUUUGGGACGAUUUGGCCAUGCUUUUGUUUGAUUCUUAGCAAUUUAGAGAAAGGAGCUUUCAUUGAGAAACAAACUACAAAAAAAAUGCAUCCAAAAGGAAGAAUCUUGGCUGACCCUUCUUCUCAUCUGGAUCAUUUCGAUCUCCUUCCUGACUCCGUUGCCCUCCUAAUCUUUAACAAGCCUGCAGAUGUCCGAUCACUUGGCCGCUGCUCAGCUGUUUGCAGGCGGUUCAAUUCCCUUGUGUUUUUGGUCCAAGAUGUCUAUAUUAAGAUCGACUGUGUGGUCACUGUUGAUGGUGAUUUUGAUGAUGAUCCAUUUCGCCCUACCUUUCGCAGACAUAGGAACUCCAACUUCCUAAAACUGAUCCUCAAUGCCCUCCUGAAGUCCGACUUCCACAACCUUCAUAGCACCAAAGGAAGUAACAAGCCUGUCUUUCUGCUGCUCUCUCAUCACUCCCUUGCACAAGUUCUCAAGGAUUUCACCCAUGUCCGCAACCUCCAGAUUGAACUCCCUUCGGGCGAUGCUGGAACUGAAGAAGGGGUUCUUCUUAAAUGGAGAGCUGUGUUUGGGAGUAGUCUUCAGAAAUGCGUGAUCUUGAGAGGUACAAGUGUUGAUCUAAAGCCUGUCUCUGAGCUUGAAGCGUCUUUAGAAGACAGCGGAAGUAUUCCCGAAUCAAUCUGCACUAAUGGGGCACUAAAGAGUCGAGUCGUAUGGACAAUGAUCAGCUCCCUCAUUGCUGCUUCCACAAGGCAUUAUCUUCUCCAACCAAUUAUUAUGAACCAUCCCACUUUGAAGAGCUUGGUCUUGACUGAUGGGGACGGGCAAGGAACCCUGAGCAUGGGUGAAGGGCAACUGAAGGAAUUCAGGGAGAAUCCACCGUCAGCAUCUUCAAACAGGACAGAAGUUCCGGCAGCAAACAUGGAGAUGAAAUAUGCCCCCUACUUGGAGCUCCCAUGUGGGAUGGCAUUGCGAGGCACGACCCUAGUUACAAUCAAGCCAUCUUCUGAUGGAAACACUGCUAGCAGCAGUAGGGCUGAGACUGAUGCCUACAUUUCUGGAUCAUUUGAUAACCCAUUCAAGACUGCAGUCAAGGCAUUGAUGAAGCGAAGGACACACCUUUUGGAAAUGAAAGGCUUCUAGAUGACGAAACUUGCCUGCUUUUUGCACACUGCAGUAGCAUAUGAAUCCUUUGCACUCUACUUGAGGGUGCAGACUGUGUUGUGUUAUGUUGCUUUGCAUAUGUAUAGCGAUAAGAGCUAUCCAUGUAGAAGUCACAUGCCAUAAAUCUGGAUAGAUCUGUAUUCCUUUGAGUGAUAGUCUUAUUUACUGGUACUUGCAUUGGGUUUUCUGAAUUGAAGGGUGGCAAUGAAUGGGGUUCUAUUAAAAUUUGUGGUCUUACGGGAUAGUGAACUAAUGGCUCUUCCGGUUCUCAGUUUUAUUGAUUGAAUGCACUCAGUGUUCUUCCUGUAUUACCAGAUUGUGAACUAUUAGUUUAUAGAAGGAAGCUUUUUCUGCCACUUUUUAGAA